GGUAGUUUGUUGCAAAAAAAGGGAAGGGUCUCUUGCCUCAGUUCUCAUUACAAUACUAUGUCAGAAUAAGUGUUACGCUCUACAAGCACCAUUUGUUGAAUUUUAAAACGCUUACUGAUAAGCCGCUUUGGCGGUAUUGUGUUGAAGAUGUCUGCAAGUGCGGUGUACGUGUUGGAUUUAAAAGGAAAGGUUCUGGUGUGCCGCAACUACCGAGGAGAUGUGGACAUGUCAGAGAUCGAGCACUUCAUGACACUUCUGAUGGACAAGGAAGAGGAGGGGACUCUCUCCCCCAUCCUGUCCCACGGCGGAGUCCGCUUCAUGUGGAUCAAACACAACAACCUCUAUCUGGUUGCAACGUCGAAGAAGAAUGCUAGCGUCUCCCUGGUUUUCUCCUUCCUGUACAAGAUUAUCCAGGUGUUCUCUGAGUACUUCAAGGAGCUGGAAGAGGAGAGCAUCAGAGAUAACUUUGUCAUCAUUUACGAGCUCAUGGAUGAGCUCAUGGACUUUGGCUAUCCUCAAACCACAGACAGCAAAAUCCUACAGGAGUACAUCACCCAGGAGGGACACAAGCUGGACACCGGCGCCCCCAGGCCCCCUGCCACCGUCACCAACGCCGUGUCGUGGCGUUCUGAGGGCAUCAAGUACCGGAAGAACGAGGUGUUCUUGGACGUGAUUGAGUCGGUCAACCUCCUGGUUAGUGCCAAUGGUAAUGUCCUGCGGAGUGAGAUUGUGGGCUCUAUCAAGAUGCGUGUCUUCCUCUCUGGAAUGCCAGAGCUGCGCCUGGGGCUCAACGACAAGGUUCUGUUUGAAAACACCGGACGAGGGAAGAGUAAAUCCGUGGAGCUGGAGGACGUGAAGUUCCACCAGUGCGUGCGUCUGUCGCGCUUCGAGAACGACCGCACCAUCUCCUUCAUCCCCCCCGACGGCGAGUUUGAGCUCAUGUCCUACCGCCUCAACACUCACGUGAAGCCACUCAUCUGGAUCGAGUCCGUCAUUGAGAAGCACUCGCACAGUCGAAUCGAGUACAUGAUCAAGGCCAAGAGCCAAUUCAAAAGGCGGUCGACAGCCAACAACGUGGAGAUCCACAUUCCUGUGCCAACGGACGCAGACUCGCCCAAAUUCAAGACCACGGUGGGAAGCGUCAAGUGGGUGCCGGAGAACAGCGAGAUAGUGUGGUCCAUCAAGUCCUUCCCCGGCGGGAAGGAGUAUCUGAUGCGCGCCCACUUCGGCCUGCCCAGCGUGGAGGCCGAGGACAAGGAGGGCAAGCCGCCCAUCAGUGUCAAGUUUGAGAUCCCGUACUUCACCACGUCAGGCAUCCAGGUGCGCUACCUGAAGAUCAUUGAGAAGAGUGGCUACCAGGCCCCCUGGGUGCGCUACAUCACCCAGAACGGAGAUUAUCAACUCCGGACCCAGUAGGCGGGGCAUGCCCGCCGCUCAGCAGGUGGAAGUCAGAGGGGGCGGAGUCUCCUCGCUAAUGAGCCUAGAAAAAAAAAAAAAAAAGCAAGUGUCCGUCAACCCACAGACACGGUGAACCGUCAGUAUCCUGUUUCUUUUUGUUUUGUUUUUCUUUUUUAUAGUCGUGUUUAUUUCAAAUCAAUGAGAGUUUGAGACGUUGUGAACUGGCCCAUGCGCUCUGUUCAGCCCGGGUUGGGACCCCCCCCCCCCCCCCCCCCCCCCCCUGGGAUGGGAGAGCGGUGUGUGGGAUAUGUUUACGUCAACUCCCACACUCCCACCUCCCUAAAGGGUCUGACCGUGGGAAAACCCUCAUGUUACAACGGUGUUUCAUUUUUUACAGGUUUACUGUGAUUUCACGCAUCCUUGGUCAAAAAUUAUGAUUUAGCUUUCAUAUAUAUAUAUAAAUAAAACAGUAUUUUGUUUUGUUAACGGCUGAUUAUCUGUAUAUAUUUGUUACGCGUUUUGUUUAUUUAGUGGGAUUCCGUGGUCAUGAACGGUUACUGUCAUUUAAACCAACGCUCCCUUCUAUUGGUCAACAGCCACGUGCAGUGCUGUAAUAAACGUCGCUCGCUUGCCUGCUUAUCCAUUUUGCCUUUUAGGUUUCGGCCCUUUUGUCCGCAUGAUAUCUAGAUAGCCAACGAAGAGUACAGUGUUAUUCCGCACAUUCUAAACGAAAUGAAAGGCAGGUCAGAAAAGUAGCCCUCUAUCCAACGACACAGCCGUCUCCAUGUAUUUCCUUGGCUGUGUCACCCCCCCUAGGUCUGUAACAACAUUGUUUUAAAUCAUUAAAUAUCUAUUUAGAGAAA